AGUGUCUAGGAGGGUACUCAACUUUGAAGAAAGUAUCAGUUAAGGUAUUGAACUUUCAUUUGUACCAGUUAAGGUACUGAAAAUGGACGGCCGUUAGUUUAGGGUCAAUUUCUGUCAAAUGCGCCGUUUGGUACAUUUUCCUAGGCGCGUGUGCAACACGAAACGCCACCUAAUGAUUACUUUUAAUGAGGCGGUUUAUUUCGCGGGUAUUUAUCUCAACUCUCUGUAUUCUUUGUCUUUAUUUACUUUCCUUCUUUCACUGUUCAUAUUUACUUUCCUUCUUUCACUGUCCUUAUUUAAAUCACUGCAACUCCUUGUCCUCUUCAUUUACGCCAUUUAUAAUCAUAGUAUGUGGCCAACACCAAAACCUCCAAAAUUCCCAAGAAUUACAGAGACUUCAGAAGAAGGUAUGGAAGCUUUUACCCAUGCACACCCUUUGUGUUCGAAUCAAGAUAUCCUAGUGACCCACAUUUUCUCUAGGGUAAGGUGGGAGGAUCAGUACAAGCUUGAGCUUACUUGUAAGAAAUGGAGGCUUUGGUGGAGACUCAAAACCUAUGGCAGUAGUCAUUAUUUCUGGCUUAAUGAUCGUAGGCACAUUGAGAAGUGGAUAAUAGAUGAUAUUAUCUACAACAAUGGGAGGGACCUCCAUGCUUGGAUCAACAAGGACAUGACUCAAUACUUUGAUGGGUUUCCAUGGUUGUUCAAAGAGGAUUAAAGAUGAAGGAAGUUGGUGUUUUUUUUUUUUGGGUUGGGUUAAGUUUGUUUUGCCUCUGUCAUAGCUGUAGGAGGGGUAGAAUGUGACAGCUACUGGCUUUAUUUAGGGUGGUUGUCAUUGCUAUGACAGAUUUAUUUUGUUGCUUAUAUGAAUGCAAGCUCCAAAAAAAACUUUAGUAUGUUAUGUAAUUGGUUGGAGCUUGUCAAUUUUUGUAGUAAUGAAUGCUAUGUACUCUUUACUAUAUAAAUAUAUAUGAAUGGUUUUUAUGGAUCCUACAAUAUCAUUGGUGUUCUUCCAUUCCUUGCACUUACUUUAGUAUAUAAAUUUUUGUAUGACAGAUUUUUAUGGAAAUAAAACCUUGCAUAAGUGUGCACCAUGGUGGAGAGUGGUUUGUACAUGGUGACAUUAGAUACGAAGGUGGUCAAGUAAGUGUGUUUGAAAACUUACCUGAUAAUGUUGAUGCUUCAUAUGUAAAACAAAUCAUAGAUAACUUGGGUUAUAAUAACAUCAUUAAGCUGCAUUAUGUUGAUCCUAGGAAAGACUUUAGUACUAAUAUUAGAUUCUUGGGCUAUGCUAAGCAAUUAUUUGAUCCAUUUUUAGCACUACUUUUACAAUACAAGCUUGUACAUGUGUACACAGAACAUGCAAUAGUUAGGCCAUUUGGGGUGGGUAAUGGAUGGAGUGGAGUUGGGUCAAUUCAUUGUGGUGAAGGGUCCUUAGGUGGUGAAGGGUCCUUUGUGCAAUUGUUGUGUGAUGGAGAUGAGGCAUUGGUCCCUCCUCAAAAUACUGACCAUACUAGACCCCAACCCCAUGUAGAUAUAGACUAUGAUACAGAAGGCACAAACGUCACGAAUAAUUUCUUGAAGCCAAAACCUGCUGCCGCCACCU